AUGGAAUCCCUCAGUUGCUCCCUCAUUGAAGCUGUAACCAUAGGAGUGGGGAUUUUUUUCUUCUUCUACUGCUUCGCCCAUAAGCUCAGGGGGGAAGGCAGGAAAAUGAAAUUGCCCCCAGGGCCACGUCCAUGGCCUGUCAUAGGAAGUCUCCAUCUCUUGGGAAACCUUCCUCAUCAGGCCCUUACCAGGCUGGCAAAGAAAUACGGAUCCAUUAUGUUUCUCCGUUUGGGCUCCAUCCCCACUGUUAUGGUGUCUUCUCCUGCCAUGGCAAACGAAUUUCUCAAAACACAUGAUUUGGUGUUUGCAACCAGACCAUACAGUAUAAAUGGGAAAUAUGUAUGCUAUGAUCAUAAAGACGUCGCUUUUGGCCCCUAUGGGGCGUUGUGGAGGCAGAUGAGAAAGCUGUUGACGGUUGAGCUGCUCACAGUAAAGAGAACAGAGUCUUUCAGAUUUGUGAGAGAGGAAGAAGUGUCUUCGAUGAUCGGGUCCAUCUGGCAGGAAAGCGGGCACGGAGCGAAGUGUGUGGAUGUGAAGAAGAGACUCUCCUCGCUCACACAAAAUAUUACUUGCAGAAUGUUUGCCAGCAGGACGUAUUCCGACAACGACUUGAAUGGAGGGCAUAGCUUCAAACAAAUGGUCGAUGAGAUGUUUGCAGUGGCCGGUGCAUUUAAUAUGAGCGAUUUCAUUCCUUCUCUUGACUGGAUCGAUAUGCAAGGAAUCCGUCAUCGCAUGUAG